CGGUAUCUGUUAGCCGUGGUAGCCGUGGUAGCAGUGUAGCUCACUAGACUGAUCUCGAGGAUCCAGAGCGAAACAUCAAGGAAUGUAUGUCUCUGUGGCCGCCCGGUGAGUUUAUUUGCCAGCAUUAAAGCUGGCAAAGGUUACUGCUCCCACCUCGACAUGGAUCCAGCCACAAGCAGCCGGCCCCCGGCGGAGGACGGGGAGCUGGAGGACGGAGAGAUCUGCGACGAUGAGACCGAGGAGCGGGCUCCGCCGCGGCGGGGGGAAGGGAGCCGGGCCCGGGCCCGGGGGGGCUGCAACUCCCGGGCCAGGAAACCCCGACAACACCCGCACAACAUGCGGCCGCUGCUGGGCCACCAGCCGCAGGACUUCCGUCUGUUAAUGCCGUACAAUAACCCCCCUCAUAUCCACGGCCCGUUCCCGCUCAGCCACCGGCAGCAGUGCGGGCCCAGCGGGCCGGACCGGCCCCCCGCGGUCCCGCAGGGCCCGGGGGAGCUGGGGCUGCUGGGGCUCAGUCCCCGCUCCAACUUCUGGGAGCGGAGCCACGGGGCCCUGGGCCGGUUCAGGACCCGGGGCGUCCCCAACGGGGGCCGCGGGGCCUGGAGCCGGGGCGGGCUGGCGGGGAACAACAGAACCCCCCCGGGCCGGUACGGACCCGGGGAGAACCGGGGAUCCCCCUCCAGGAAACAGAAGCAGCUGGGGAGGAAUCGGGCCAGGAAAGUAAUUGCCAGUGUUCCCAGACCAGAGAGCAGUGUUGACGAGAGCUUUGAGGAUCUGCUGUCCAAGUACAAACAGAUCCAACUGGAGCUGGAAUGCAUCCGCAAAGAAGAGACCAUGGCCCUGGAGCCCGUGGCUGCCCCGGUCAGAGAAGACGUGCAGCAGCAGAGUGUUCCCGGUCCUCGGGAAGCCCAGCCCGGUCCAGAACCGGCUCCAAAUCUGGCAGGGGCAGAUGAUCCAUCAGAGCUGGAAAAGGACGAGAGAAAAGCUUUCCAAGCGUUUAACAUCAAACCGCUGCGUCAGAAACUCCCGACACCGGCAGACCUGGACCAGCUGCAGAGGAAGGCAGAGCAGGAUCCAGGAGGUGGAGGUGGUGCUGAUGGGGCUGAACCAGCGAGCGUGGACGGUGCAGAGACGGAGGGGAAGGCUGCCGAUGACACUGAGGAGAAGGAAAAGACUCAGCAAGCUUGUUCAUGUCCCAGUGAAUCAUCGGCCUCCAGCGAGGACUCCAUUGUGUCGCCUGAUAAGCCGGUGGAGAAGGUGGAGGAGGAAGAACUGUCAGAGCUGCAGCUGCGUCUCCUCGCCCUACAGUCGGCCAGUAAGAAGUGGCAGCAAAAGGAGCAGCAGGUGAUGAAGAAGAGCAAGGACCGUAUCGUGAAAGCCAGCCAGGAGAAGAACUCCAGCUCGUCUUCUGCAGCGACUGCCCCCAGCAAGCAGAGAGUUGCUACACGGUCCACCUCCGCUGCAGCUGCUACUGCUGCAGACAGAACCAGGACCAGGUCCAAACCCGGAGACAGGGAACGGGACAGGACUAAGCCCGGGCCCAGACCCGCUGAGAAAGACAGACUUCUGGAGAGAGACAGGCUCAAAAAGAGUCCCAAACCCGGUCCCAAAUCUCCAAUAGAUAAAGUUUGGACUCCAGGGAAACCUCAUGCCAAGAAACUGACCAAUCCAGGCUCGGCAGCGAAGCAGGCGUUCAGGAAGCAGCAGCUUCGCACCUGGAAGCUGCAGCAGCAGAGAAAGCAGGAGGAGAAACGCCGGCAGGAGGAGGAGGAGCGACGGAAACGCGAGGAUGAGAUCCGACGAAUCCGUGACCUGUCCAACCAGGACGAGCAGUACAACCGCUUCAUGAAGCUGGUGGGAGGGAAACGGAUGCGCAACAAGUCCAGGGACCAGGACUACAGAAAGUCUGCUGGCAAACCAGGCUUGGACACCUCAGGGAACCUCUACCAAUAUGACAACUAUGAUGAGGUUGCCAUGGACACGGAUAGUGAGACCAGUUCACCAGCGCCGUCCCCAACACACAACCUGCUGUCAGCAGACGAGACGGGAUGUUCCCAGCUGGGCCUGUACGGGGCUGCGGCUGCCGCCCUCGGAAUGCCCCUCCUCUCAGCUGCGAUGUCAAGUGUCCCCGCCCCGCCUCCCCCUCUGCCCCCUCCACCAGACGAGCUGGAGCCGCCCCCUAAACCUCCGUUUGCUGAUGAAGAGGAGGAGGAAGAGAUGCUGCUCAGGGAGACCUGUCUGAUGUCCAUGGCCAACAAGAGAGUGGCCGUCCCUGAGAAAAGCCCCAGUGCUUUUGCGUCUCCAAGCUGUCCACCUCCUGCAGACGUCCAGCCACCACCCAGAGGAAACCUGAGCACCGUCAGCUUGAACACGGUGGCCCAAUCACGGAGCAGUAGAUUCCCCAGACCACGUCAAACUGCCAGAGCCCAGCUAGUGCUGCCCAGGCACAAGUCAGUGGUGGUUUCACUCAACGAUUCAGACGACAGCGACUCAGACAUGGAUGCCUGCAGCUCCUCACAGACGGUGUUUGGAGGUCUGGAGUCCAUGAUCAAAGAGGCCCGGAGAACAGUGGAGGCAGCGAAGCCUAAAGCAGCGUCAGGAUGUGAGAAGGAGAAUAACCCAGUCAGACCGGCAGAAGUUCUACCUCAAACCGAGAGGGUGGAGUACCGUUUCCUGAAAGAGGAGUUUGGGAGAGAGAAGCAGAGGAUGCUGAAGGAACACAGUUCUCUGAGCUUCAUCUCACCUGCGGCACCUCAACUCAAGUUGGAUUCCCUCGUGAAGCCGUCUGUGGAGCUGAAGCUGAGCGAGGCGGAGCAGAGACUCAGCAAACACAGGAAGCUGCUGCAGAGAGACGAAGCCGUGCUCAGACACCUGCUGCAGCAGGAACUGAAGAAGGCAGAGUCUCUGAAGGCGGCAGAGACCAAAGUGGCCAAACUGAGGGAGCAGCUGCAAGCGUCGGAGAAGAUCGUAGGCGCCAACAGGACACUGCUGAGGAAGCUGCAGGAGCAGGUGCAUUGUGUUGAACAGCGGGUGUCCCAGAAGAAGACUCUGGCCGUCCACUUGGAGCAGGAGCUGCUCCAGGCUCAACUUGCUGCUGGUAGAGGACAGAAACGCCCCAUGGACUCCAGCCAGACUCUGCCCAAUAAGGUGCAGCGUCUGGAUGCAGCUCCCCUCCGCUCCGAGCGUCACUUUGCAGAGUUGAUUGCCCAGAAGCGACGGCUACAGCAGCUCGAGUCAGAGUACGCCCUCAAGAUACAGAAGCUAAAGGAGGCUCAGGCCCUGCGCAACAAAGGAGUCCCACCAGAACCGCCGGCACCAGCCUCCGUUCCCCUGCCAGAACCUCCGAUUCCCAGUCUCCCCGCCCCCAGCACCUUCAACGUGCCCCAGCCCUCUCUGCACGACCUUUCCCAGGACAAACUGGUUCUGGACAGCGAGGACGUCCCGGACGCUGAAGAUCAGGAACCAGAAUCCACCUCUGCUGCAGCUGCUCCUGCAAGUAUAGGCUCCCGCCGCGCCUCCUUCCGCCAGUCCAGAGAUUCCUUCACCAAACCCCACCUGGACACUGUGAGCUCCACCCCUGCUAAAGAUGGAAGCACCAAGCCGGUUAAAAGCACGGGCAGCUCUGAGCUCCCUGCAGAGAUGUUUGCAGGUCUGGACGUGGACGGGUUGAAGCAGCGGUACCAGCAGCAGGCCAAGCUGGGAGAUCUGCUGCAGAGAGAGCUGGGGAAACUGGGGACGGAGACGGACACGACCUCCACUGCACAGGUAGCCCGACUGGAGGUGGAUGCAAGCCAAGCGGCUGUCUCUGAAAUGAAGCCUGUUCCCUUUGAACCGUAUCACAGCCCUUUGCUGGUGUUCAAGUCUUACAGGUUCAGCCCGUACUACCGGACUAAGGAGAAGUUAUCUCUGAGCUCCGUGACCUACAGCAGCGCCGUUGAAGCCAACCGCUGCUUCUGCCGCUUCGACCUGACGGGAACGUGCAACGAUGACGGCUGCAGGUGGCAGCACAUGAGGAACUGCACUCUGACCGGGACUCAGCUGUACCAGGAUAUCUUGUCCUACAACCUGUCUCUGAUUGGCUGCUCGGAGACCAGCUCAGAUGAGGACAUCAGUGCUGCUACCGAGAACUACGUCAGGAAGCUGUUGGGUCAGAACAAAGACCGCAUGGGGAUGGACCAGAAGGCCGUCCUCCUCGUGAGCAAAGUGAACGAAAGCAAGCGACACGUGCCACCGUUCACCACCUUUAAAGAAACGAGGAGGUGGAGACCAAAGCCUUCCACGCAGAGCGCUGCCAGCCCCGAGGACGACGGCGGCAAUGAGUCUGCAGCCGCGUACCUGACGCCUGCAGGAGGAGAUGUUGCCUUGAAGAGCUGCACUUCUGCGGUGGACGUGUGCAUCACAUCUGAGGACAGGCGCUAUUUUGUAAGUGAGACCGAUGACAUCUCCAACCUGGAGAGCAGUGUUCUGGAGAGUCCCAGAGACACGCAGCUGUGGAUCAAACUGGCCUUCAGAUACCUGAAUCAGAUUGAGACCUCUACGGCGGAGUGCCUGGAAGCCGCUCUGAACACGCUGUCCCGCGCUCUGGAGAGUAACUGUGAGGACCCGGAGGUGUGGAGCCACUACCUGCUGCUGUUCUCCAGGAGGGGCAGCAGGGAGGAGGUGCAGGAGAUGUGUGAGAUGGCUGUGGAGCACGCACCGGAUUACAGAGUCUGGUGGAACUACCUGAACCUGGAGAGCUCGUUUGAGGGGAAGGACUACGUGUGUGAGCGUCUGCUGCAGUUCCUGCUGGCCGAGGCGUCUUCAGACGCCUCAGAGAAACACUCCUUCCAGCUGAUGGAGACUCUGCUGUACAGGGUGCAGCUCAGCCUGUUCACCGGCAGGAUGGAGAGCGCUCUGGCCAUCUUACAGAACGCCCUGAAGUCUUCUCAGGACGAGAGUCUGGCUGAACAUUUGAUAGCGGGUGACCGAGCUCUGGUCUGGCUCUCCUACAUUCACCUGACGGAGUUUGACCGGCUGCCGUCCAGCCUGUACGACCCGGCCGAGUCCGGCCCGGCCCGGCUGGUCAGCAGAACAUCCUUCACGCUGCCCUGGAGGACGUCGCAGGACGUCAGCACGCCGCCCAGCAUCCUCAUCGCUCUCUUCAGAGAUGCUGUGAGCCAGUGCAGUGAAGAGUCUUCAUCUGAGAGCGAGAGGGCUUUAGCCUGCAUGCCUCUGCACACCAACCUCAUCCUGCUUUACAAGCUGCUGCAGAGGUACGAUGAAGGGAUUGCUCUGUGUGAAACUCUGCUCCAGUUGUGUCCUGAAUCAUGCACUUUGAGAGACGCUCUGGCAGACCUGCACGUCAGCAGUGGAGACGCAGAGCAGGCGGUCAGCAUGUGGCUGCACACGCUGGCCGAGUGUCCCCACAACGCCCAGGUCUUCUACCACUCCUGCAAGUUCCUCAUGGCUCAGGAUAAAUCAAGUGCCAUUGCUCCUCUAUUGCGAGGAUUCAUCCUCUCCCUGUGUGAGGAUGAACAGAGGAAGAAGACGCCCGUGGAAAUCCUGCGACGCAUCCUGGGUUUCCCCACCAAGGAGCUGCUGAGUGGUCCGAUCAUCAAGAAGGAGCUGCAGGUGCAGAUCCAUGAGCAGAUGUCCUUCUUCCACCUCGUUCACUGUUGCUGGAUGUGGCUCCACGGCUCCGUGGAAGACGCCGUGGAGGCGUUUGAGCGAGCGCUGGGAUCCAGCCUGCAGCUGGAGGAGCUGCACCUGCUGUGGAUGGACUACCUGCUGUUCAGCUGCAGUCCUCAGGCCAGCGCUGGGUCCAGACGGUUAUUCUCUGAUCUGGUCCAGCGCUGUUUCAGCACAGUCCCCUCCCGCCUGGAGGUUCCCUUCAACCCCGCAGAGUUCUGGAGCUGCUACCAAUUUCAUAAUAAGGUUGUGGCUCUGUACCUGCGAUGUGUGCCACAAUCCCAGCACGCACUGCUGCUGGAGAAACUACGAAACAGUAUGCCCAAUAACAUCGAGCUGGGCCUCAGGUUGCUUUAUCAAGAAUGGCAGGAUGGAAACAUGGAGCAGCUAAAGUUUCAGGCCCGGAUGCUUUGCAGCACUGCUCACAAGUAUUUACCCAGCUGGAGCAUAGCAAUAGCUGUGGAGAGGGAGCUGAAGGACCGAGCGGAGAUGCGACUUCUGUAUCAACAAGCCCUCCAAAACCUGCCGCUGUGUGCCGCCCUGUGGAAACAUGUAAUGAGCACUCUGCACCACAAGAUGCAGACACACACCUCUCACUCUCCUCCUGUUUCUGCACACUCACAAGCACUAUGGUUUUAUUUAAGUAUCGCUUCUGCGUCUUGUUAUGCAAAAAAGGGAACAUAUUCCUUGAUACUCUUUACAAUAGUAAUAAUAUUACUUUACCAUUUACUCCUAGGCAAAAGUAAUUGGCUCUGUUCCUCAUUAUAUAACGUUCUGCUGCAUGUCACACAAUUACAAAUUCUCCUCAAAGUUCAUACCCACACAUAAAACUGCAAUCUUUAUUCCAAUGAAAAAUCAUCCUGAGAAACCCGGCUGCAACCGGAACCACAAAUAUUCAUUAACACAAAAUAAUCUCCAACCUGCUACACAACCCGAGCAGGUUUGUUUUUCUUUCAAAAAUAAAAUGAAUAGAAGUACGCUCUUGAUUUGUCAUUGCCUUAAAGUUAUUGGAACAGCAAAUAGCUAGGAAUGAUCAUGGUCUGUCUAACCUAAACGUUCAAACAUUGAUGAUCCAUCUGACCCACAAAUAUGAUCUUGAUUGACUUAUUUCCUCAAAUUUUCCCAGACUUUACUUUUUUCUAUCUGUGUAUCUUUGUGUGUACCGUAUCUUCUUAAUUUCAAUUCCUUCAACUUUUCCCUGACCGUCUCCAUCAACUUCCUUUGCGUCUGUGCGGAAAGGUCGUGUUGCGUAUUCGUGCAUCAGUCAAGGAUGUCUUAGUAUUUAUGACUUGUUUAUAAAAGUAAUGUAAAGUUUUUUCCUUUUCACAGUAACAACCAUCUAUUGACAUUGUGUCACUGUUAGUUAUUCAAAUGUUAAGUUGUGUUCUGUUAGUAAUUUGGUCUCAUUACUAGAAAAGGUAUCGUUAAACUAAUGCUUUGCAGUUUGGUCGACGGAUGAUCUAAGAUCAGUUUGACUCGUUACCGAGGAGAAAAGAAGACUCGAGUGUCAGCUUCGAUUCUCGAGAUAGAAAAAUACGAUUCUGAAUACGCCAUCAUUGCUGAAACAUAACGGGCCAUCUGGCUGUGAAAACACAGAUGUCAUUUAAAAAGUUAGAUUUUUUUUUCUCCAAAAACCUUAACAAGGGUUGUGUGACUUGCUUAGACAGCAGAGUGGUUUGCUCAAGCAGGUUUGAACAUUUGCUCUUCUGUUUUGAGACCAGAACCCGGUCUUGGAGCUCUCCCUUUGCCGACAUCCAGAACACAGCAGUUCACUUAGAAAGAGAUCAGGUGUCAUUGAUCAGCUGUUUUUGAAGAGUUGCAGUGUGAUCGCUGACACCUACGGAAGAGUAUUAGGGCCAGGCAGGAGAAAAAAAUAUUUUAGAGGAGGAAGAUUUUUUUUUCAUUAUGCACUAAUAAGAAAUAAGUCGAAAUAUCGAGGAAAAAAGUCAAAAUGUCAAGAAAAAAGUUUCAAAUGUUGAGAAAAAACUCAAAAUGUCGAGAAUAAAGUCAAAAUGUCGAGAUAAAUGUUGAAAUACAAUUUCGAGAAAAAGUCAAAAUGUUGAAAAAAAGUCGAAAUGCCGAGAUUAAUGUUGAAAUACAAUUUCGAGAAAAAAGUUGAAAUGUUGAGAAAAAAGGCGAGAUUUCGACUUUAUUCUCGACAUUUCGACUUUUUUCUCAAAGUGCACAAUAAAAAAAAAAUCUUCCCCUCUCAAAAUAUUUUUUCUCCUGCAUGGCCCUAAUACAGGACUGUCUCAGAAAAUUAUUUAUUUAUUUUCACAGAAUAUUGUGAUAAAGUCCUUUUUUAUUUUCUGAAAAACAAAAAUGUCAUACAUUCUGGGUUCAUUACAAAUCAACUGAAAUAUUGCA